GUCAAAAUUUUUGAAAUUGUUUGUUUUUGUUAUUUAUUUGGGGAAAACCUCUUCGAAAGUCAGCCGCACAAACUCAUCUAGCAUAUGUUACAACAAAAUUUAAGUUAAUAUUUGAAAAAUUCAACAAAAAAAAAAAAAAACCAAAAGAAAUUCAAAUCUAUCUAAAAUGUCGCAAAUUAUGGAGUUUUCAAAAAUAUGGGAUCUUGGCGAUUGGGAUUCGCGGGCGAUUAAGAACUACAGUUCGAUAUCGAAAAUUCAAAAAGAGAUUCGACGUGGCAAUUGGUCGUACAUUUGUCAUCAUCCAGAGAUUCGUGCCAUCAUACGAGUUAUACUACGUGAGGCCGUCAAUAUUCAACCCAAGGGUCAGGAUAUUCGAAAAUUUGUGGCCAACUUUGUUAACUGCAACCAAAAUCCGCUGCUAGUGCCCAUGAUCAAUGCCCAGUUGAAGUACGUUAAUGAGCAACUGAAGCGCGGUCGCUGGGGCAUGUAUGAUGCGGAAGGGCUAUUCAUGGAGAGCCAAUCCACCCACUCGCUACUGUCGACAGCCUCCACUGAGAGUAAUGUGCAUCCUGUUUUGACUUACGCAUUAGUUUUUAAGAAACCCGAUGAAUGUGACAUUGAUAAUCCAUAAUUUUUAGAUUUACUUUGCAAUUUUUCGGCAUACAAUUUGUAUCGUAUCUCAGUUUA